AAAAAUAUUGUUUGUUAAUAUUUUUAGGGUAAAUAUUAUGCAAAACAAUAAUGAAGAUCAAAAUAAUUUGAAAUUUUCUAAACAAGCAAAUAAUUAUAGCAGUCAUGAAGCUAUUUUUUAUAAGCGUCUAAUUAAUUUAUUACUAUCAAAUAUCCAUAUACAGAAUGAAGAUGAAGUAUCAAUAACAGGAAUAUUAGAAAUUGAAAUAUCUCAUUCUCAAAUGGAAAUACUCAAAAAUUUCCAUAUUCAUCAAACAUCUUUAAAAGAAAUUGAUGAUAUUUUCAGUAAUACAAUAAGAAAACCUCAAUAUAAUUAUAUGUCUGGAGUUACGAAUAUAUUAGAUAUAUUACAUAGAGGUUUUCGUACAAUACUUCAAACAGUACAAGAGCAUCAAGAUGGAACUAUAAUUAUAUUUACAAUGUUAAUAGUUUGUUCAACAUUUAGAAUGAUAACAUGGGGACGAAGAUUUCCUAUUUUCAGUAUUAUACAAGUUAUAUUUAUAUUGAGUUUUUUUAUGACAUGGUGGCAACUUAUAAAGGAGGCUGAAGUUAAAUCUAUAGCAGCACAAAUGAAAUUUUCAGAAAUACCAAUAUCUUGUCAACCAAAUAAAAUGAGUCUGUGGAAUAAAUUUGUUUCAUUCUUUGAUAAUGAUGAUUGUGAGAAAUAUUAUGAAACAAAAAUGACUAAUCCAAAAUUAAAAAUUACACCUGCACUUGCAUUAUCUCAUUUUUUAAGUACUAUUAUUCUCCAUCCAAUUAGUCAUGUAGGAUCUACCAUAUCUAUUUUUAUAAAUAAUGCUACAGAAAAUCUAUCAUGGGGUCAGAGUUGGAUUAUGAAACUUAUACUUUUCUUAUGCGUAUGUCUUGUUAUAGUAUCAAUACCAUUUUAUCUGUCUCGUGCAUCCUUUAAUUUAGGAUUAGGACCAUUUUUUAAACUUGGAAUUGGCUAUAAGAAACAGAAAGAAAAAGGUAAUUCAUUACAAAGUAUAAACCGAGAACCUGUACAAAUAAUUCUUAAGGUAACUCAUGCUACCGACGUAAGUCAAAUAACAGACAUUCCAGCUAUCAAGCAAUCGAAUACCGAACCGAACCUACAAAUUUUAAAAAAAGAAGAAGUAAUUGCGACGAAUAAUGAUUCUCAGAAAGAUUACGAUGAUUUAUGUUGCGGUGAUAUAACAAGUAACAUUAAAUUAUUAAAAUAUGAUGAUAAAGAAUUUAAUAAAUAUGAGAACUUUGAUGCAAUACCAAUAGAAAGGAACAAUGGAAGCGGAGAUCGUUGAUGUACAUUUUAUAUUAUUUUGUUUUUUAUUAUAUACAUAAGCUAUUAAUUUAUACUACAUUUAAUGUUAACAUAUUAAAUAUGAUUUGUAUAUUCAAAAAAUCAAUUUUAAUUAGUCUAAUAAUUAUAUUUAUAUGUAACUUAUUGCGUUCAUGAUGUUUUAAUAAUUGUUUACAAUUAUUAAAAUAUAUAUUUUAUUUAUAAUUGAAUUGUGAUUGUAUAAUAUAUAAUGAAAUGAUAUUUGCAGUAAUCUGUAACAAUAUUAAUAAUAAAUUUGAAAUGCUUAAAUUUU